AUGAGUGCAAUCCUUAAAUUUUUGAAAGAUUGUAGUAUUGCAAAUGGCAGUCCUAAUAUCCCCAAUGACACUAUCAACGACUUAACUGUUUACAGUCAUGUAAGAUUGAAACAUAAGCAAAAGAGAAAAUGGAAAAAACAAGAAUUUGUUGCCCACAACCUUAACAUCGAGAACUAUUGUCCUCGCUCUACGAAAGAUCAGGGGGCUCUAUCGGCUUAUUUUGGACUUGUGAAAACCCUUUUGGAUGUAGAAUAUGAUCACAAUGCUAACUUUUACCACCACAUCUGGUAUGAUGGUAUUGUGACUUUCAUGCUUGAUCAUUUGAGUUGGCUGAACUCAAGGUCAGAACAGAAUCUUGGUUCAAUUUAUCCCUCAAGUGCUUUGAUAUCGUAUAGUAGCACAGACACUCAUUCAAGGCAAUCGCCCUUCGAUUUGGAUAAUCACUACUGGUUGAGGAAUGGCAUAAUAUCGGACAUUCCUAGUCUUUUAGAUAGAAUCUGGACUGCUAUCGAUAAGGACACUCUCUAUGAUUGUGUUGAAUACCUAAGAUAUCGUGGCUUGAUAGUCAAAAGUAGAGAUUCAUCAGGCAUGCCUAAGUUUGAGUUUGACAAGAAUCUUCUCCAAACGAGCGGGGAGAUCAAACAUGAUGACAUAUUAGCUAUCAGUAGUUGUCAUGUAUUCAUAUACACUGUUCUUAGCACAAUUCAAGAAUGGUGUACCCUAACGAACAAUCUGAAUGUUAGCUUCAAUACCAACCUUCGGGUUUUCCCUUUGACCGACGAUUGUACUGGUGACCAGGGUUCUCCAAACUGUGGUUUGUUUAUAGGUAUGGCAAACAUGGUCCCCAAUAAUCCAGUGAAGAGCAUAGACCCUCAGAUUAAAAUACCAAUCAUAUUUACAAGCACACGUUCUUUGAAACCUUCGAUCACAAAGGUUAUUGAGCGCGUGUUUUCCAGCCAGCCUCGACGCCUUUUCCUUCCCUGUGUUAUACAGAAUCAGACAUCUGUUAUGUGUUACAUUUUUCACAGAUCGGGAGGGAUGUCUUCUGAGCCCAUAGACUGCGUUUUAGAGCCAGAGAAACUUUGUAAACUUUUCCUAGGUUUUCUGCUUAUGGAUGAACAGUCUAUGGGAUUUGACACAACCUUCCGUGUUGAUCGCAAAACGCCCGGUACCGAGUCAACCUAUUGGACUCACCCACGGAGUGGUAUCGAAUAUGUAUUGAAGGAUACAAUAAGUCGGCAAGACUUGCUUGCUUCUGGGAUAUUUGUUAGGCAGGUUAUACAGAAAGCUGAUAAUCUAACUCCAGAAGAUAAAGCAGAUCGAUACUUUCUGAAAACAUUUUGGGAAGAAGCAAUUGAGCGUAGGAACAGCACAGGAAGUAUUAGCAACAGCUUACCAGCCCCAAGAGAGGUGGGAAUUUAUCAUAUUGCUAAUGAACAUGGUGUUCGGUUCAUCCCUAAUUGCAUAGACUUUGGUUACAUGUACUAUCCAGAUGGUGAGCUACAGGAUACCAAUUCCAUUUAUUGGAGAUAUCUACCUUUGGACAAUGAUCUUAGAUUUAAAAAUCGCGUCAAUACUUGGAUGCUACUAAGCGUUCCAGGAAAUGCCCGCCAGCUUUGCCAUCAUAACAGUCUACAAGAAAUUUUUUUGUCAUUACGUGAUGUAAUAAUUGCCCUAUGGGACUUGUACAAAGUCGGUAUCCUACAUUGUUCCAUUUCCAAAGAGAGCCUCUGGAUUAUACAAUCAAGUGGCACCAUAUCAGGUAUGCUUGGAGGAUUAGAAAUGGCUAGUCAGACUGACAUCCGAGGCGAAUGUGAGCCUUGCUGGAAAGCUGAUAGGAAAUACUUGCCAAUUGAUAUCUUGAAAAAUGCUGGAGCUCGAUAUCAGUUCAUGCACGAUCUUGAGUCUAUAUUUUGGUGGGUGAUUGUUGAGGCAUUUCCAGUUGUAACUAAGUCAUGGAGCUAUCUUAGUUUCGCUACUCUAGCCUCCAGGAAACAAGAGUUUCUUGACACUCUUGGCAAUCCUACUAUCCAUAAUUCAGUCUGCCCUCUUUACCGGACAGCAAUUCCGUACAUUUUGGAACUCAGAUCUGUAGUUUUUGAUAUGGCUGGAAGAGCUUCUCUCGAUGCGUCCUGGAUGUAUGAAGAGGUUGAACAGCUACUUUCAAAGGCUGUUAUCGAUGUGCAUAUUAACCAAAGUGCAGUAUUUGUGGAUGAAGAUGGCAAUAUCGUUGAGAGUAUCUCCAUAUAA